CUAGCAUUGGCAGGAGGUGGUGUGUGAUUGUGCCAAGCCCUCAUAUGAUCAUAUCAGGCCUUGAAAAGAAAAGUGUAUUGGCCUGUGCUGGGCCAAGCAAGCAGAGAGUCCAGUAGUGUUUUUAUGUCAAGGUGGAGAGAGACAGCCCUAACUCUCAAACAGAGAGAAAGAGAGAGAGAUUUCCCAAAUUGUGACAUCACACGUGUGAAUGAUGUAGAUUUAUUAAAGAAGUGAAGGAAAAAGAAAUGUUCAUUGAAAAAGAAAGGUGUUUUGGCCUAUGAAGACCCAAGCUAAUCAAAUGGCUUCAACAAUCGCUCCUCUGUUUCCUCUUCCCCUCCUGCUUCAAUGGGAUUGUUUGGUGAUAUGGGUUCUCUCUCCCUCAGUUCCAAGUAUGGAGUAGUUUUGGUUGGCUCUUCUUCUAAGGGCUCUGAUUCCAACGACGGGUUUGGAGAAAGCAAUGCUGCCAUGGAAGACAACUACUUAAAUGAGGAGAGCCCAAAUGUGAAUUCAGUGAAUGGAAAGGAAAUAGAUAGUGGUGGGCAGUCAAAGCUUUUAGCCAGAGGACACUGGAGACCAGCCGAAGAUACUAAACUCAAGGAACUUGUUACUCUUUAUGGCCCUCAGAACUGGAACCUAAUUGCAGAGAAGUUGGAAGGAAGGUCAGGUAAGAGUUGUAGAUUGAGAUGGUUCAACCAGUUGGACCCAAGGAUCAACAGAAGAGCUUUCAAUGAAGAAGAAGAAGAGAGGCUAAUGGCUGCUCAUAGAUUGUAUGGAAAUAAAUGGGCCAUGAUUGCUAGAUUGUUUCCUGGUAGGACUGAUAAUGCAGUCAAGAACCAUUGGCAUGUUAUAAUGGCCAGGAAAUACAGAGAACAGUCCAUUGCAUAUAAGAGGAAGUUCACCCAAACUGUUAACAGAAGGUUGGAGGAAGGUGCUAGCUUUUGCCCAUCUCCCUUCCCAUUUUCUUCUCUCCUUGGUGAUGGUGGCGGCUCAAAUGGUUUACCCCAUCUAACCAUUGGUGAAGAUCAUGGUUACUCCAGCAACAACAGUCUCCCUCAUAGUGGGUUUUCUGCAGAGCAGGUUCCUUUUGAUUUCUUCUCUGAUCCAAAGAACCAUCACAUGCCUGGCUCUAUGGGUCAGAACAGGGCUUGGAGUUGGGACAGGCUAAGUGACAAAUCCAACUUCAAUGGUUUCUGCUAUACACAGCCUCCAACAAUGGUGCCAAUGCAACAGUCAAACUACCAUCACCACCCUUGUUUCUCGGGUUCCACUUCAGCAUCAUCAGAUUCUGCUGUAGAGAACAAUUUAACCAGCCAUUUUGAAGGCAGCAUUGCUCCACCAUCCUUCAUAGACUUUCUAGGGGUUGGAGCCACUUGAAAGGAGGGAGGAGUUUCUGAAGCUGAAAGCAGUCACGGUUUCAAGCUCAAUAGUAUCAAGGGAAACUGAGCUGUCACUUCCGUAAAAAAGGGGAACAUAUGUUGUUACUGUUCUGGUCGACAGGUAAGAGAGUUGAUCAUAUAUAAUCCUCAUCAAGUCAUCUGCCCAUGUGACUCCAAUAUCUCUUAUUCUGAGACAUUGAGGGAAGCAAGCCCCUUCAAGGAUGAAACAAUGAAAUUAGAUUUUGUAACAUUUUGAGUUACAUGUACAAAUUGGGCUAUCAUUCUCAAUCUCACUACUUUCUUA